AGGAAAGAGCUCAUUUCUCCAGUUUCAGCAAUGUCUAUGUCAUCUCUCUAUGCGCAUUACUUACCAGCGGUUCGGUUGACAGCGUUGGUAUGUUUUGACAAGAGAUUCCUUUUCACCUGAAGGAAAUCAUGAGCAAAUCGCGCUUACGAUGUUCAUCGCUUUUCGAAAUGAUAGCGGCGAGUGGCCUUUGCCCAAUUCCGUUGGAAACCGACCUUCUGAAUGAUUCGGAGCCGUGUGACAAGGGCCUCCUAGAUGUCCUGCAGCAGCUCGAAGCCCUUGUGACAGGAAAUAUGACUACGGCCACACCAGAGUUCGUACCAUCAUCGAACUUCGUUGCAAUGCUGGCAAUCGGUUGGCUCGCGGCGCAAGAGAAUGCUCUGGAGAUUCUGUUGCAGCGGACCAUUUUUUCUGCUGGGACAGGUGUAACAAAGAAGCAAGACUGCCAGCAGCAGCUGCAGCCUGUCUGUGCCAACGAAAAAGCCUUGUAUCCCGCCUGGUCACACCUACGCCUCAGCUUCAGGUGCCUUGCGGCUGUCAUGCAACAGCAUGCAUCUCUACUGCACCGGGCACAGCAGUGGCUUCCCAGAGGCAAAGAGCAGCAGCGUGCCCUGAAGGCUUACCUCCAUUGGAAGAAGGAAGAACAGCACUUGCUCUGGCAGGCAUUGCUGGCGCGCCACCCACACGGCUCCACGGAGCUGCAACGGUACAAGGCCCGGCUGCAUCACCCUCUUAACGUUGGAAGCUUUGUGGAUCAACUGACCGUCCUCGCCGAGCGCUUUCCAGGUUUUCGGCCCUAGCGCCACGAUGCAAGACAAAGGACACCAGAGACGAUUUUUUUUUUUUUCGGCAGCUUUGCUGCAGAGAGAUGGAUGUUUUUCCCUUUUCUUUAUUCCAUUUUAUUAAGUGUCUCUAGCAGUGAUACAACAGUUUACAACAAUAAAAAAAAUAAUGGUUUGCA